GCGGCGGCGGAGGCUCGCCUGGCUCUUAGCUUAGUUUGGCUCGUCUGCUGCAGGAGAUUUCUGGACUGGACGGGGACGACUUGAGCUGCAGAGCGAUGGAAGCCCGGAGCAGGGGGCUGCAGGUUAUUCUCUGCUGGAUCCACCUUGCUGCAGCUUCCACCCAGGAUGAACACUGUGAGAACCUUUCUCUGGCCACCAACAUCACUGGUCCCCAGUGCUAUGCCUUGGUGGAUCUGAUAGGGACAUGUUGGCCUCGCAGUGCAGCAGGGCAGAUGGUGGCCCGCCCGUGUCCUGAGUAUUUCUUCGGAGUGCGAUACAACACUUCAAACAAUGUGUACAGAGAAUGCUUUGCAAACGGGAGCUGGGCAAUCCGUGUGAAUUACUCCCAGUGUCAGGAGAUCCUCACCGAGGAGAAGAGAAGCAAGCUGCACUAUCAUGUUGCUGUCAUCAUCAACUACCUCGGGCACUGCAUCUCCCUGGCAGCACUGAUAGCUGCUUUCGUCCUCUUCAUGCGCCUGAGGAGCAUCCGGUGCCUACGAAACAUUAUCCACUGGAACUUGAUCACUGCCUUCAUUUUGCGGAACGCCACGUGGUUUGUGGUCCAGCUCACCAUGAAUCCAGAAGUCCAUGAAAGCAACGUGCCCUGGUGCCGCCUCGUCACAGCUGCCUACAACUACUUCCACGUCACCAAUUUCUUCUGGAUGUUUGGCGAGGGCUGCUACCUUCACACGGCCAUCGUCCUCACCUAUUCGACAGACAAGCUGAGGAAAUGGAUGUUCAUCUGCAUUGGCUGGUGCAUCCCUUUCCCCAUCAUCAUUGCUUGGGCCAUUGGGAAACUCUACUAUGACAACGAGAAGUGCUGGUUUGGAAAACGAGCAGGGAUUUAUACUGACUACAUCUACCAAGGUCCCAUGAUACUGGUGCUGUUGAUCAACUUUAUCUUUUUAUUCAAUAUUGUCAGAAUCCUGAUGACGAAGCUUCGGGCCUCGACCACCUCAGAGACGAUACAGUACAGAAAAGCUGUGAAGGCUACCCUUGUGCUCCUUCCUUUGCUGGGCAUUACCUACAUGCUUUUCUUCGUCAACCCCGGUGAAGAUGAAAUAUCCCGGGUAGUCUUCAUCUACUUCAACUCUGUCUUGGAGUCCUUCCAGGGUUUUUUUGUCUCUGUCUUCUACUGCUUCCUGAACAGUGAGGUUCGCUCUGCAGUCCGGAAGAGAUGGCACCGGUGGCAGGACAAGCACUCCAUCCGAGCCAGAGUCGCCAGGGCCAUGUCCAUCCCCACCUCCCCAACGCGCGUCAGCUUCCAUAGCAUCAAGCAGUCAACGGCUCUCUGAGGCUGCUGCUCUGAACCAUGGGGCCAAUACCUUUUGCUGAAGUUGUGGGACAGGACAGGACAUGACUUGCCAGCUGCAAGAGACAGGAUUUUCGUGGUCCCCCCUCCCCUGGAGUUCUGGCUCAGAAAAGUCCCUGGAGAUUGUUCCCUGCAUUCUGUUGGCUGAAGCCUCAUGUUCUACGUGGAUAGAAUUGCAAGUCUUGGGAGGUUCUGGUGGCUCUGAAGCGACAGGAAGUUGGAGGUGGCAGCCCCAACAUUCCGUCCUUCGAAGGUGUGGCUUACUUCACUUUCCCAUGCCGCCUGGAGCUCUUUGGUCUCUUCGCUAACAGAUCGGGGAAAGGGUUAUGAAAUCACACAGGUGCUGUGGAAAGAGCAGAAGGAUGGGUGGUUCGCUUUCCAACUAAAACAAAACAAAACAAAACCCUCCACUGCAGUUGAUAGAUAAGCAAAACCAAAGGAAGAGGUUCUUUUUGGGAACUCCCUAGCUACAAGAUGCCGAGUUGACCAUUGACAUAUUUUAUGGGAUCUGAAUGGUUCAGGAAGGAUACAUAUGUGGCAAUAGCCAAAAAAGAGCCAAAAGCACAAACUCUGAAUUCAGGGCUGCCGACUACCUGAUCCUGGGGAUUGAAAAGAGCAGGUGGACAUCCCCAUCACACCUGCUUGUCACCUUCCUUCGGACAUCUCUUUUAACCAUUUGUGAGAAUGCUGAGCAGGAGCCAACAGUGCCAUUCCAGUGUUCUUCCUCAUUCCAGCUGCUGCAGCCGCCGCCAAAACAGGAGCCAAUGCCUUGUAAAUCCUCUGACCUCAGCAAGGCAACCAAUCCAGUAUUUCCAUAGUCUGCUGAAUAGUUGUUUUGGUUUGCACCAAACUUAUGCCCAUGGGAAGCCCCCUUGAGCUUCAAAGUGGAAUGAGGGUAUUCAUGCGUUUGUUUUGAUAUCUCUGAAUAAAGACCACCACCAUCCAAGUC